UCAUUGGCUAUAGUAUCGAUUCGUAUUGAAAGACUAAAUUACAAACGUUGCAUUAUCGGAUGUAAACCUCUUCUGGUUUCAGACAAGACUGAAACAACAAUAAAGAAAUUUGUUUCAAAAGAUUCAAGAAAUAGGAUAAUUACGAGAAAAUGUUGCGACUCAAAACCAUAACAUUGAAAAGUUUCUUUUUGUCCCUUAUCUACUUUCACUCAGGCAAUGGCGAAACACCAAAACCAGCCUACAGAUCAGUAAGUAUUGGGUUAACCUUUUUGAGUCCAUCAACCGAAUGUACCAUGGGCCAUGCUUCGUAUAUAGAAAACCUGACUUUCGAUGUUUACAUCAACGCUAUGAAAGCCGACCCAAACAGUGGUUGGAACCUCUACAAAAUUGGUAUCUAUUUUUACUAUUCGGAAGAAGAUCGUGAACUAAUCUUGAACGUAUCUCAACCUGAUUUCUGUAACAACUACCCGGGAUGCAGCUCUGAUCUUGAUUCUAUGAAAUUCAAAGCCAGUGCGCUAACUCGAUUCACUGCGAGGGCUACAGAUGCAUUUAUUAGGGGCGAAUGGAAUACAGUGAACAAUAAAGAAGUUAUCAUUACUUACAGUAACAGACUGAAUGUUGGCUUAUUAACUCCUUACAACAGACACAAAGCCAUCGUUUCAUACGGUCUGAAUGGACAGGAAACUACUUAUCCUCUGGUUCAUGGAAAGCGUUGCUUUUUUUGGGGACGUACUUCCAACUCGGAUAGCUUGAUGAAGCUGAGAUUCUGCGCUUAUGACGGGCCAGUCAGGCAGGGAUUCAGUGACUUGCACUUGGCUGACUGUAAUGGAAAAACCGCUAGCGCACCGUUUGGUGUGGGUUGGGAAAAUUGUGUGAGUUUGGACUACUCUUGGACUGGUCAAGCGUGUUACGUCAUUUUCAGCUACGUUUCAUCUCCAUCAGCUUGCAGGAAAAGAGUGGAUUUUAAUUGCAGCAUUCUUCCCGAAAUAGAGUAUGUGAAACAGAUUCAGGGAUAAAUAAAUAAUUGGACAAGGCCUGGUCCUAGAUGGUGGAGAAUCAGAAAAAGAUAGCAACUACCAGCUGGAGUAUGAUUAAAAAAAACAAACAACGCUUUCUAGAAACAAAUACUUUUAGGAUGACAAUUAACAAUAAAAAAAUAACUUUUAUUCCCAUUAUUUUAAUAGAUGAGUUUUGAAGUUUGAUCAAUUGUGUGUAACAAAAAAGAAAUAAAUAAAA